GUAGCUAUGGCGGCCAUGAGUUUACUACUGCGGGCUUCGGUCUCUGCAGUGGCCGCUCUGUCUGGCCGCCGCCUUGACACUAGACUUGUAUUCGGGGGCUUCCUCACCCGUGACUUUCCGAAGACUGUCGCUCCUGUGCGACACAGUGGAGACCAUGGGAAAAGACUGUUUAUCAUCAAGCCUUCUGGAUUCUAUGACGGACGUUUUUUGAAAUUAAUGAGAUUCUACAUUUUGUUGACUGGGAUUCCAGUAGCAAUUGGCAUAACUCUGGUGAAUGUAUUCAUCGGUGAAGCUGAGUUAGCAGAAAUUCCAGAAGGCUAUACCCCAGAACACUGGGAAUAUUUCAAGCAUCCUAUAUCAAGAUGGAUUGCCCGAACUUUCUUUGAUAGUCCUGAAAAGAAUUAUGAAAGAACAAUGGCUGUCCUUCAAAUUGAAGCUGAAAAAGCUGAAUUACGGUUAAAGGAGCUGGAAGUACGAAGUUUAAUGCGUGCAAGAGGCGAUGGUCCCUGGUAUCAGUAUCUGACCAUUGAUAAGACACUUACUGAUCAUUCUCCAAAAGCAACUCCUGACAACUAAUCUUUUAUUUCUCUAAAUACAAAGUAUAUUCUCUUUAGGCAAAACUAAAUUACUAGAUAUAUUCUGUA